GGGAAAUUGAUCUUGAGAUGGGAUAAAUUUUUUACUUAGAAAACAAAAUGUAUUUUUAUUUAUUCUACGGAAUUUUUGUACAUAAUAAAAAUAUUUAUGCACUAAAAAAAAAUAUGAUUAGUGCUGUUUUAUUAGUGAUUGUUUCUGUCCUUUUGGUCAUUACAUUUAAAUGGAGCAAACAAACGAAGAAGAGUCCCCCAGGUCCAUUUGCCUGGCCGUUUGUUGGGAAUCUUCAUCUUCUUCGUCAAGUGUCACGUGAUUUUGGAGGUCAACAUUUAGCCUUUUUAGAAUUGUCACGCCGCUAUAAUAGUGAUUUAAUAUCAUUAAAACUUGGUAAAAAUAAAAUAACAGUUGUUUCGGGUGAUAAAGGAAUUCAAGCUGUGCUCAAAAAUGAAGAAUAUGAUGGAAGACCGUGGGAUGAAUUUAUCAAACUUCGAAAUUUAGGUGUUCGAAAAGGAAUAACAAUGUCGGACGGUCCGGAAUGGAAGGAAAUUCGCGGUUGGUUUGUUCGUAAAUUUCGUGAGCUUGGAUUUGGUCGAAGUCAAAUGUUUUAUUUAAUUAAAAAUGAACUCGAGGAGAUUUUAGAAAAUUUACAUGAAGGUGGUGUUCGAUAUUUAAAAACAGUGACAAUGAAUGCAGUUAUAAAUGUUUUAUGGCAAUUAACAGCUGGAAAACGUUUCAGCGAUGAAAAAAAACUGAAAUAUUUUAUUAAUCUAAUGGAUAGAAGAGCAAAAGCCUUUAGCAUGGGCGGAGGAGUUCUUUCAAGUAUUCCUUGGAUUCGAUAUAUUGCUCCAGAGGCCUCAGGUUACAAUCUUCUUAUGACUCUGAAUCAAGAGCUGAGAAGUUUCUUUAUGGAGACAAUUGAAGAGCAUAAAAAAAAUUAUGUGGCCGGAAAAGAAAAUGAUUUAAUAGACAUGUUUCUUCAAGAAAUGUAUUUUGGAAGAGGUCCUUCUUGUGGUUUCACCGAUGAACAGUUGAUUUUAAUUCUAAUGGAUAUCUUCAUUGCUGGGACAUUAACUACAACUACAACUUUAGAUUUUAUUUUUCUUAAUGUUCUCAUCCAUCAAGAUGUCCAACGAAAGCUUCAUGAAGAAAUUGACUUGGUCGUUGGCCGACAAAGAUUGCCGGAUAUAAAUGAUAGACAAAGAUUGCCAUAUUUAGAAGCAGUUUGCACAGAAUCUCAACGAUUAUGUUUGGUUACUCCAACAAUUGGUCCACGUCGAGUACUUCGAGAUACAGAAUUACUCGGUUAUCAUAUUCCCAAAAAUACAACUAUCUUAAUUAAUGUCUACAGUUCGAAUACAAGUAAAGAUCGAUAUAAAGAUCCCACUUCUUUCAUUCCGGAAAGAUUUAUCGAAAAUGGAUCAUAUCAGUCCGAUGAAAAUUUGAUUCUAUUUGGACAAGGAAAAAGAAGAUGCCCCGGUGAAAUUUUAGCAAAAUCAGCAAUUUUUUUAUUAACGUCUGGUAUGCUACAAAAUUUUGAACUUCAUCCAGCGCCUGGAAAAGAAUUCCCAUCAUUAAACAUUGUUCCUGGUUUAACGAUAUCACCGAAACCUUAUGAAGUUUUACUUAAACCGCGAAAAACAAUUUGAUGAACAUUAAUAAAAAAAUUAUGUUCACAAUAAUUGAAUAAUUGCCAUCGGGCAAAUAUUCCUUCUUGCCUGGAAUAUCUAAUUAUUGAAAAAUUCAGUAUUUAUUACUUAUUAAUUUUAUCAAUAAUUAGUUAAAUAUUUACAAAUAUUAUUCUUGGACAUAUUGCCCCGGAAUUUGUAAUUAUUAUAUAAAAAAAAUUCAAUACCUUCCGUAUGAAUCUCUUAAUUUUUAAAAUUAUUAAUUAAAUUGAAAAAGGGAAUAUUUUUUGAAAAAAUAGAAGAAAAAACGAACACAUUUUCAAAUAUGUUGCAAUUGAAUAUAAUUCGAAAAUAAUAAAUUUAUGAAUUUUAGCUAUUUACUUUUUCUUAAAGAAAACAAUUUCCCUAGUGAAAACAAAAUAAUAAUUAACAUUGUUGUCUUAAAUUUCCCCAACGCGGGGAUCUUUUUUUUUUUCUCACAAUAAAAGUGAAUUUAUCCAUUGUUCUUAAUGUCAAAGUGAAUGCGUGGAAUUAUGGCAAAAUGUUCUUAUCUACUUGAUGAAACAUCAACUUUAAGUUUUAAAUAAUCAUUGAACUUUCCCUUAGAUUCGACAUUUUUUCCUUUUAGUUUCCAAGCAAUAAAAUUCAAUCAUGAGUCCCACAUGAAAUCAACAUUAUUUUUUUCGUGUUUCAUAAUAAAUUUUUUUAUAAUAAAAAUACAAAAAAAAAAUAAUUGUAAAAUAAAAAGAAUUAUUUUAUGUCUCCUUGAGAAUAAAUUCACAGGACUUUUUACUACAAUAUAUAAAUCAAAGGAAAUUUAUCACCUCAUCAAAAUCAGUUGAAACAAGUUCAAAAGCUGUUCGAACAUUUUUUUUUUUCAAGUAUAUACUCUAAGUGCAAUAUUGAAUUAUUGCGAUAAUUAUCGUCGAUUUAUGUAAAAAUAAAUUUAAAGAGAAAUAUAUAAAAUACAACAAUGGGAAA